GCCUAGAUCGGUCAUUGAGGAAGGCGCCAUUUUCCCUAUUCUGCUUCAUGGUUCAACAUGAGUGAUUAUUCAGCGGUUGCGCCGCCAUCAAAUUUCAGUCAAAGUUCAGCUUUUGCUGCCGCCCUUCAACGUGCGAGACAGAUUGCAGCCAAGAUCAAUCCUGGUGGCUCAAGUGAGAGCACUGGUCAAAAACGGCCUUUGGAAGAGGGGACAGGGGAGCCCGAGGCCAAGAAAGCGGCCACAACUAGUGAUCCGCAGAUAGCGGCACUUCGGGCACAGCAGACUACUUCACAACCAGUGAACAACGCAGCGGCAGCUGUUCAGGCGGCUGCCGUGGCAGCCAGGGUGGCGGCGGCUGCAGCAGCUGGACUCCCAGGCCUGGGGGGCGUUGGUGUCCCAGGCCUAGGAGCUGUUCAAAAUGAAGACAUCAGAGUGCCUGACAAAAUGGUUGGCCUGAUUAUCGGAAGAGGUGGUGAGCAGAUCAGCAGAUUACAGAAUGAAUCGGGUUGUAAGAUUCAAAUGGCUCCUGACAGUGCUGGUAUGCCAGACAGAACAUGCACUCUCACAGGAACACGGGAGGCCAUUAAUCGUGCGAAGGAGCUGAUCAUGAAUAUUGUCCAACAACGCAGUAGAACUGAAGGAACGGGUUCUGGUAUGGGUGAUAUGAACAUGGGCUCAUCAAACCAUGCACAUGUGGAGAUCAUGGUACCUGGUCCAAAAGUAGGACUGAUUAUUGGGAAAGGCGGUGAAACAAUCAAGCAGCUACAAGAAAAAUCUGGUGCUAAGAUGGUGGUCAUCCAAGAUGGCCCUGCUCAGGAGCAGGAAAAACCACUGCGAAUCAGUGGAGAUCCUCAGAAGGUGGAGUAUGCGAAGCAGUUGGUGUAUGACUUGAUUGCUGAGAAAGAGAUGCAGCAGGCAUUCAGCCGCGGGGGCGGAGGGCAGCGUGGGGGUCAGGGGGGCAACCACAACUACGAUGAAUAUGGUGGAGCUGGUGGGGGUGGUGAAGCAGGCGGAGACACAGCUGAGGUUGCAGUGCCAAAGGCAGCAGUAGGUGUUGUUAUUGGGAAGGGGGGAGAUAUGAUCAAGAAGAUCCAGAAUGAAACGGGGGCUCGUGUGCAGUUUCAGCAUCAGGGCCGUGACGAAAACCCUGGAGAGAGAAAGUGCCUAUUAACAGGCAAACCUCACCAGGUGGAACAAGCUCGUAGAAGGAUAGAGGAUCUCAUUGAGAGUGUCAUGCGUCGUGACAAUGAGAUGGGUCGCGGGCGGGGCCGAGGUGGUCCAGGUGGUGGGGGCGGACCACCUUAUGACAGAAUGGGCAUGCGAGGGGGGGGUGAUUUCAACAGUGGUGGUGGCUGGGAUCGAAGACCUGGUGGGAUGCAGCAAGGACAAAUGGAUAAACAAGAGGCUACAUUCAGUAUACCUGCUGCAAAGUGUGGUAUUGUGAUAGGUAGAGGUGGUGAGACAAUCAAACAAAUCAACCAGCAGUCGGGGGCACAUUGUGAGUUGGACAGGCGACCGCCCCCUAAUCCUGCUGAAAAAGUGUUUGUGAUACGUGGGACACCAGACCAAAUAGAACAGGCGAAGAGAAUCAUUAGUGAAAAGAUUGGAAUGCCGAUUUAUUUGUUUCAGCCACCUGGUCCUGGCGGUGCGCCCCCAACGCAGUACCCCAUUGGUCAAGGCCCACCUGGAGGGAUGUAUUAUUCCAGGCAAGGCCCUCCCCAACACUUCGCCCCGCAAGGAUGGGGCGGAGGCUAUCAGCCAUGGCAGAAUCAGCAACAUCCCACUGAUCCAAGUGCUGGGGCUGGACAAGUUCAGGUUAAUCCAGCUACUGGCCAACCUGACUACAGCAUUCAGUGGGCUGAGUAUUACCGCUCUCUGGGUAUGCAUAGAGAGGCGGAAAUGAUAGAACAGCAAGCGAAGGCGAGCAAGGGGCUGGCUGGCCCUGGUCAGCAGCAACAGGGUGCUGGGCCACAGCCUGGUCCUCAACAGCAGCCUGCUGGCCCUGGUCCUCAAGCUGCUACCACUCAGAAUGGUCAGCCAGAUUACAGUGCGCAGUGGGCAGAAUACUACCGGUCCAUUGGCAAGAUUAAGGAAGCAGAAGCAAUUGAGGCGCAGAUGAAAGCUGGGAAGGUUGGGCAAGCUGGUCCUGGAGGACCACAGCCAGGUCAACCUCAGCCACAGGCUCCACAGCAACCUGGUGCAGCACCACAGCCGACCCAGCCUGCCCAACCACAGCCACCAUACGGCCAGCCAUAUGCGUAUCAGGCUGCUGGAUACUAUGGAGGAGCGCCAGUUGCACCACAACCUGCUCAGCAACCUGGUCCAGGACAACCUCCAUAUACUUACCCUAACUACGGAGGUUAUGGUGCACAGCCUGGUGCACCUGAGAGCCAGUAAUGGAUUGGGACUAUUAUUCUUCGAUGUGGUUCAUACAAAAAUAAUCCGAGAAAAUUGGCAAAAACUUUGGAUUCGUGAAUUUUUUAAGUGUUUGGUAUUGUGCAAGGGUUUCUGAGUUUCCAUUUCGCCUUGUGUCCUGUUUCUCAGACGGCAAGAUCAGUUUGAUGGCUAUCGAAUUUUAAGUCCGGUUCCCUAUAUUUUAGCAUAAGCAUUGAUGUAACUGUGAAAAAUUAUGCUAUUUUGUCUGAUAGUUCUCAGCAUUUUAUGUUUGUGCAUAGUGUAAGAUUGAAAUUAUUCCCUAGCUCCUGCGACAUGUUUGAGUUGAUUAUAAUUUUUGUACUGAAAGUGUGUUGAUUUUGACAUUUGUUACUCAGAUACCCAUUGAUAGAGUACCUUACUUAUCACACUUGCUUAAUGUGUAUUUGCUUUGUGUGAUUCGUUGAGGAGGGAUUUGUGGGAGGGGGGGACUUUCUGCUUUUAUUUUGGGGUAUGCCAAGAUCUUCAAGAGGCACUUCAGCAGUCUCCUGCGGAUGAAAGGUGACCAUGGCACAGAAUCUGGAGAGCCCUCCUGCAUUGUAUGGCUGUUCACAUAUGUGGCUGUCAAGAGAAUCUUUAGCCACAGUAUUCCAUUUUAGUGACCUAUCUUCAAUGACAAAUGGAUCGAAUAAUAUUGUCAACAGAUAGUUAGAAGGUAAAAUAGAUAAUAGUGUAGUAUAAGCACACAUGUGCCAGCUUCUUCAUUUAACAUUUCAUAAAUUAUUUCUUACGAAGUAUCACUUUCUGUUGAAUUUAUAUGUAAGUGCACUUUGGUUUAUACUGCCAGUAUAAGCCUGCAUAUUGUCAAUAUUUUUAUUGUUUGAGUAAAUCUUGUUCCAAAGCUGAUAAACUGCUAAAGAUGUGCUGUUUGUAGAUGGGAAUUCGACAAGAAGCUGGUACGUACUAGCAAUGAAUUGUAACUCUUAACAGACAUCUUCUGAAGUGAUGUUCAUCCUUAAAAAAUUGUUGACAUUACCCUUUCCAAUUUCUGUUUAGUGUAACUUGUUAACAUUUUAUAUAAAAGAGAAAAUUAAACAUUUGUCACUUGAUGAGUA